AUGAAGGCGUCCAGUUGGUCAACAGAGAAAAACCAUUUGACCAAACAUUCAACAUUUGACCAGGAUCAGUCAAAGAAUAGCGAGACGUUGAAACUCAGCCAUAUGGAAAGAAAAAGUUUAGAAAGAAUACAAGACGUGAAACCAGCCAUACUGUUGUUAAAAAA